AUGUCGACGCGACACCCAGUGACCACGAUCGGCGGCGCGCUGUGGCGCGUCGUCGCGGGUUUCUCCGUCGUCGAGGCGUGUUCGCUGUACCAGGGCGCGUUCGGCGCGCGCGUCGACCCGGAGGCGGAGCGCCGCGGCGCGCGAGCCGAUGCGCCAGGUCCGUCGUCGUCGUCGUCGUCGUCCACUGGCACGGGCGGUCGAAAUCGGCGGCGGCGGCGGGCUGGGACCGACGCGCCCGAGUGCGCGGAUUGCUCCGCGGCGCCGUUCAUCCUGCGCCAGGUCCGGAACAUGUACCUGCGCGGCGUCGUGGACGACGCCGCGUUCGCCGGGUCGGUGACGUUCGAGGACCCGGCUGUUUCGUGCGAGGGCAUCGGGGAGGUGCGCGAGGCGUUUCGCGCGGCGUCGCGGUUCGAACCCAGGGAGCUCGAACCCGCGAGCGUGACGCAGGUGGCGGAUGACACGUACGUGGUGCGCGUGUGCCUCGCCUGGACGCUCCCGGUGCUCGGCGAGACGCGCGUUCCCUCGGACGUCGUGGUCACCGUCGUGACCAAAGAAAAGCGCGAGGGGUUAGCGGCGGCGAGGAUGGCGAACGACAAGGACGGCCUGCCGGCGGUCGGGGUGAUCUGGCGCGUGGAGGAGCGAUGGAACGGCGCGAGACUCCUGGAGGGGUUCCCGUUCGACUUUACCCGACGGAUCGCGGGCCUGGUAUCGUUCGCGGCGACGCCGGCUCUGUUUGCCAAAAAAUAA